UUAUUCACCAGCUAUAGAGUGAGUUGUUGUGUGUUUCUAAGACUGUAGGGUGGGAGAUGCAACAAUGGCUUUGAGAACAGCAGGAAGUGUGUUGGUGGUCUUUCUCUGGUCUGUGACAGUUGUACUGGGUCAGGAUGGCUGGAGUGUGACUUACACCCCUCAGAGUAUCUGUACCUUGAAGGGGUCAACAGUGGAGCUGUCCUGCUCUUACACAUAUCCCAGUGGUACAGUCACAACAACCUUCUGGUUCACUAAAAAUGAUGCUGAGGGGAAUCCUGUUAGUCUGAGUGAUGACCCAGAAUACAAAGAUCGUGUGAUGUACCAUAGAGAUAACAAGAAUGACUGCACUCUGAUAAUCACAGACCUGAGAGAGAGUGACGCGGCUACGUACAAGUUCAGAUUUAUAACAGAUCAGACCGGAGGGAGUUAUACUGGCAACCCUGGAGUCACUCUGUCUGUCACAGAUCUGCAGGUGAAGGUGAUUCCUUAUUCAUUUGUAUCAGCAUGGAAGACACUGACUUGCACCACCUGUAUUCUGACUGGUAACCCCACCUACAUCUGGUACAAGAACGGACAGAUAGUAACUGACAACACUUCCCCCUAUUCAGUCUACUCUAAAGCUGCAGACAGUUACUCUUGUGCUGUAAAAGGCCAUGAGGAUCUCCACUCUCCUGCAGUGUGUGUUCAGGAUCAGAGCUGCAACAGAGUGACUUACACCGACAAGAGAAUAUGUGCUUUGAAGGGGUCAACAGUGGACAUAUCCUGUAAUUAUUCCAGUUAUCAUCCGAUCAAAACAACAUUCUGGUUUAGAAGUGAUAAGUCGGCCCCUGAGGACCUAGCCAGAGACCCAGAGUAUGCAGGUCGGGCCCUGGAGAGCCUUCCCUCCACCCUGAGAAUCACAGAUCUGAGAGAGAGCGACUCAGCUGAGUAUAAAUUCAGAUUCAACACACAGAUCUCAGGAUGGGGGUACAGCUUCCCUGGAACAAAUCUGUCUGUCACAGACCUGCAGGUGAAGGUGACUCCUGACACAGUAUCAGAAGGACAUAGUGUGACACUGACCUGUAGCACCACCUGUACUCUGACUGACAACCCCAACCCCACCUACAUCUGGUACAAGAACGGACAACGUCUACAUGAGCCCACAUCUCGGCAAUACUCUGUCAAUAGUUAUUAUUCAGACAGUUACUCCUGUGCUGUAAAAGGCCAUGAGGAUCUCCACUCUCCUGCAGUGUGUGAGUUUGAAUGCAAUUAGUCAUUUAAGGUCAAUGAGAAGGGACAAAUUACAUAGAAAUGACAAUGUCAUACACUCUUAGAAAUUAAGGAUACAGUAUUUUUCCCUGAGGUACAAAAAUAUCCAAAUGCACAUAAUGUACCUUCAGAGGUACACAUAAUGAUCUCACAUGGUACUGGUCGAUACAUUUUAGGGUACAUGUGUGGAUGAAGAGUUUAAUGAUACAUUUUGUACCCCAUAUUUUCAAUUGAAAUAUAUGUUGUUGACCAUAUUAAAUUAUAAUUGUAAUUCAAAUAAAAUGUUAUUUGUCA